CGACUCACUGUAUAGGGUGACUGUACCAACGGACGCUACGGGAGUCCGCAGCCGGCAGAGGUUCAGUUGGCAGCAGUACGCACAGCGAGAAGGUUUACCAUGGCUGAUAUUUCGAACGAAGAGCUUCGUAAAGAAAUCACCGCUAUCCUUAAGGAUGCGGAUCUUACCACCAUGUCUGCUAAAAAAGUAAGGCUACAGAUUGAAGGAAAACUUGACAUAGAUCUUACUGAAAGGAAAAAGGAAGUAGAUACUUUAGUUAUGGAGUGUUUGCAAGAAAAACAAGAUGGAGCAAAGAAAAAGAAGAAGACUGCUAGCGAAGAAUCCGAAGAUGGAGAGGAAGAGGAAGAAGAAGGCUCAGAGGAAGAAGAGGAGGAGGAAGAAAAGAAACCAGCCAAAAGAAGUCCUGCAAAGAAAGCAAUGAAUAAGCGUAAAAAAGGAUCUUCUGAUGAUGAAGAGAGUGCAAGCGAUGAUGAUGCCAGCGAUGAGGAAUACAAUCCAAAAAAACCAAAAGCUACCCCUAAAAAAAAUAAACCUGGUAAGAAAGGAAAGAAGAAGGGUAGUGAUAGUGAUAGUGAUGAAGAUUGGGGUAAGGUUAAGAAAGCCCAAGGUGGAGGAGCGAAGAAAGGUGGCGGUGGUGGUAAAGGUGUUGGAGGUAAGGGUGGUUAUACUCGUGCUAUCACACUAUCGCCUGAGCUUUCUGCAGUUGUUGGUGCUGAACAAAUGGCUCGACACGAAGUCGUAAAGAAGAUCUGGAGUAUCAUCAAAGAAAGGAAUCUUUAUGAUCCUAAGAAUAAGCAAUACGCAAUUUGCGAUGAUGAAUUAUUGAAAGUAAUUGGAGUAAAACGUUUUAGAACUUUUGGUAUGAUGAAGUACCUUAAAAAUCACUUUGUAGAUUAAAUCAUCCUUGAACCACAAAAUCUGACAGGUUAUAAACAUUGUAUAACGUAUUCCAGGAUGCAAAGUGCAUCUCUCCAUCUUUCUCACACGAUACAUACAUAAAUAUACAUACAUACAAACACAAACAUAUUUCUUGCGACUUAAGACUUUAGCCAUGUUUACAUCAUUCCGAUGAAUUCUGUUGUCCAUGGUAGCUGCUUUGUCUUAUUGAAUGUUCGCAAUGUAGCAUCUUAAUUUAUGGGCAUUAUUAAAGAUGUGGCUCGUUAACAUUGUUAAAAGCUGCCCAAAAUGUGUAUGCAAAUGAUGACUCACAGGUAGGAAUCCAAGUAGAUUUGGUCAAUGAUAUAACGGUAUAAAAAGGAGGAAGGGUCAGUACCAUGGACGCGCGGAUGAUUUCGAAAUGUGGAAAACAUUAAAAUGGCCGAUAGUCAAUAAGCUGGUUUUAAGUCAAUGUAUUCAGAGUUAAUGUUCUAUCGUUUACCUGGUGGUUCUUGUAAACAGUCCCUUUCACCAAGUAUGAAAAUACGGUGUGCCAUUGUGGCAGUGAAAAUAAAGUAGGGAGAACGACUUCAAAUUUUUUUUAACAAUAAAUUCUUUUUUAUUUUAUUACGUGACAGUCAAUAUCUGAAGAAAAUUAAAUACAAAGGAUUACAAUAGCAAUUAUUGCGUUUAUAUUUAUUUGGAUUUUCUUUUAAUCGAAAAUUUCCGCCCGAGUAUCACACAAUAUUUUCAUCUUUUUAUUUUUAACGUUGAUUACUUUUCUGCAAUGGAUGUAACAGAGAGAUAAACAGUUUUGUCAACAAAAAGAGAGAGAGAGAGAAAGAGGAGGAGUAAUGACAUGUGGUAAGGCUAAAAAAAAAAGUGCGACAAAAAUUAAGAGAAAGAUAAUGCAAAAAAAUAAACAUCCUCUUCUGUAUAAUUGUUAUAUUAUACACUGAAAUUAUUACUAAGCGAAAUUUAAUUGUAUUAUCAUGUAAUUAAUAAUUAUUGUCGUAAUAUAGGUUUCUUGGUGUAAAAAAUUGACCUAACUCUUAAGAUUUAAUGGUAAAAUAAUGUAUUCAGUCAAGGUACAAUGUAUGCAUAUUAAAAGUCACAAUAUGUGCAGCAUUAUGCAAUGUUGAAUUGUAGAAAAUAAGAUAGGUUGAUGAUACGAGGUAUAGAAUUAAUCCUAGUGCGGAUAUUCACACCUCGUUGUAUGGAAAAAUUUGUGUAUUUUGAAUAUAAAUUAAUGAAUGCUGGCCUAAAUUAAUGGAAGCCACAAAGAAAUCAUUGCAAACAUUUGACGAUAAUGAAAACACUACAUUGAAGAUAAAGAUGAACGUGUACACAGAAUAACAAGUUAUAAUAUCAGUUUGUUUUUUAAAUGAAGAAAAGUACAGGUUAUGCCCUGAUAUUUCGUGAAUGUAUUUGAAAACGUCAUUAAAAGAUAUUGCUUUCA